AUGGAGCAGGGUAAGACUCAAGCCCAAACUUUGCGUACUCGUGACAUUGUUUGUUAUAAGUGUCAGGGCAAGGGACACUACGCCCGGGAUUUCCCAAACAAACGAGUAAUGGUCCUAAAGGGGGAUGGCGAGUAUGAAUCCCAAGAUGAGGCAGAGACCGCAGCCGUGAUCUCGGAUGAGGAAGUGACCGACUACCCAGAGACAGGCGAGCUACUAGUGACCCGGAGAGCUCUUAGCACCCUCUUUGAUCCAGAAACCAUCCAGCGGGAGAACAUCUUUCACACAAGAUGUAGUAUUGAUCACAAGGUAUGUAGCUUGAUCAUUGAUGGUGGUUCUUGUACUAACGUGGCUAGCAAGUAUCUUGUUGAUAAGUUGGGAUUAGUCAAAACUGCCCAUCCUCGGCCAUACCGUCUCAAAUGGCUCAAUGACGAGACUGAGCUUAAGAUUGCCGAACAAGUUGUUGUAUCCUUCGGUAUUGGCAAGUAUCAUGACCAGGUCAAGUGUGAUGUUGUACCCAUGCAAGCCGGCCAUAUACUUCUAGGAAGGCCAUGGCAGUUUGACAAGGAGACUCUUCACCAUGGGCGUACCAACAUCUAUAGCUUCACCCACAACAACAAGAAGCACAGCCUAGCACCUCUCAGCCCCCAAGAAAUUCAUGACAUGCAGAAGGCCAUGGCACAGUCCAGCCAGGAAGGAUGUUUUGCAGGUUUUGAGGCUCCUGAAGUACCAGAUGUAGUGCAAGACCUCAUGGGACGUUACAAGGAUGUCUUUCCUGAUGAGAUCCCAGCCGGCUUACCCCCUGUCUGUGGCAUAGAACAUCAGAUCGACCUUGUACCCGGCACGCCCCUACCAAACCGAGCUGCUUACCGUGUCAACCCCGAGGAGGCUAAGGAGUUGGAGCGGCAGGUCCAAGACCUCAUGGACAAAGGCUACAUCCGCGAGAGCCUUAGCCCCUGUGCGGAAGGAGAUGAAUGGAAAACCGCCUUCAAGACCAAACAAGGACUGUACGAGUGGCUGGUGAUGCCAUUUGGCCUUACCAACGCCCCUAGCACAUUCAUGAGGCUUAUGAACGAGGUCCUCCGACCUUACAUUAGUAAAUUCAUGGUUGUGUAUUUUGAUGACAUCCUGAUUUACAGCAGGUCUUUAACUGAACACCUUGGGCAUCUAGAACAGGGCCUGAAGGUUGACGAGGAGAAGAUCAAGGCGAUACAAGACUGGCCGACCCCGACCACGAUCGAACAUGUCCGCAGCUUCCAUGGACUGGCCAGUUUCUAUCGACGAUUUGUGAAGGAUUUCAGUACCAUCGCCGCCCCAAUGACCUCCGUGAUCAAGAAGAAUGUAUCCUUUACUUGGGGUCCUGCCCAAUAG